AGAGAUGAUGAAAGAGGACAGGGAUCACAGAUUCCUGCUGACGGUCUGUCAUUCCCAGGAAGUCUUCACUGUUCUGCUGGGGCUCUGCUCUUACCACCACCCAGGUGUGCGUGUGCCCUGGCCCUGGGCAGGGCUGCUGUGGCAGUGGCACUGAACGCCGGCUCUUGGCGCUCUGGGAACACACAUGGGUUCAUUUUUGGGGGUUCUAAAGCUCCCAGUUGCAGCUGCAUGCUGGGGAAGCUGUGUCUGCUUGGCCCCUUUGUGGUUGAAACUUCUAGCAACACACUAAAGAAAGAUGUGCAGAAGGGGGUUUUAGGCUCCAUAAUCUGAUCAGGUUUUUAAGUAGCCAAGGUACCUUAGUAGCUUUUCCCAAAUUGUGUACAAAUCUAUUGAAGUCCCAUUUUUUUUCCCCCCCCACAAACUUAGAAUCACCAAACAGAUCAGGUUAGAUUUUAAUUUUAAGUAUACUUUGUUACUAAAUAAUUGUGAGGUUUUUAAAAUUAAUCCCUAGCUUCAUUAAUGAAAGAGAUUUUUUAACACGACAUGCAGGGAAGUGAUGGGAAUAGAUGAAAGCCCCUUUUUUCAUUAGUUACUAAUUAGUGCUUGAAAUUGAUUUUGAGAUAAGAUCUAUUUUUAAGCUAGAAUAAGAUAUUGUAUCCUACUUUAUUUGCAUUUUUUAUUUAUCGAGUAUUUAGUUAAAUCAACAAAAUAUUUGGGCUUUAACUGAUUACAUUUUUAGUUGAUCACAGUUGAUUAUAUUUAUAUGAACUUAUUUUUGUUACUGUUUUGAGACAUUACUUUUAAUGCAGUUAAUUUAUACUUGCUAAAAAUACUUCAGUGACAUUCUGUGUUUUUACUGAGAAAGAAGAAAUGUUUCAUGCAGAUAACAGUGAUAGGCCCAGAUAACAAUGGAACGUUUCUAUCUAAUUCUCUUUUCAUGGCAUUUCAAAACCAAUGUAUCAGUUUAACUGUAAUUAAUCUCACUUCACAAAAUUCUCUCUGGGGCUCUGUGUUUGUGUUGUGCAUGUAGACACAUACAAAUAAAUACCUGUUCACUUGCUGCUAACAGGAGAUGAGGUGAACAGGAAGAGCAGAGCUGGGAGAGUCAGUUAUUAGAACAUCAGGCUGGUGCGGCCUGUUUGCCUCAAUCCCUUUCAAAGCCGGGCAGACGCAGAAAGCAGUUCAGGGAUGAUUAUCUGUACAGUCCCGGAGGCACUCCCUGCACCGUUUAGGUUAAGAAAAGAUCGUUGCUGGCUCCUCCCAGAUUACCAUCCCCAAUCCGAUUAGCCACAGGAAACACCAGGGGAAUUCAUUCAGCUUCUCUGUAAAACGUGACUGCCCUGCAGCGUGUUUCUUGUGGCUGAUACUGCAGCAAUGAAGGGAUCAGCACUCACUCAUUCUUUUUGCAGGGUAACAGGUACUGCAAUGGCUGCGGGAGUUUUGCUGCAAAAUGAGCAACCAUACUCCUCACUGAUAGAGAGCAGUGUGUAUCUGGCAAAUAUGAGUUCAGGGAGCUCGAGGCGCCCCACGGCCAAGUACACGAAGGUGGGGGAGCGGCUGCGCCACGUCAUCCCCGGGCACAUGCAGUGCUCCAUGGCCUGCGGCGGCCGUGCCUGCAAGUACGAGAACCCCACGCGCUGGGCCGAGCAUGAGCAGGCUAUCAAGGGGCUCUACUCCUCCUGGAUAACAGAUAACAUCCUGGCUAUGGCUCGACCCUCAACAGAAUUAAUUGAAAAGUACAACAUUAUUGAGCAGUUUGAAAGAUUUGGAUUGUUGAUAAAGAUCCUUUCAUUUUUAACGCCCUACAGAUGUGGCAUAAAAACCAUAAUUAACCUUCAGCGUCCUGGAGAGCAUGCAAGCUGUGGGAACCCCCUGGAGCAGGAGAGCGGCUUCACCUACCUUCCUGAAGCCUUUAUGGAGGCUGGCAUUUAUUUUUAUAAUUUUGGAUGGAAGGAUUACGGAGUGGCAUCUCUCACGACUAUCCUUGACAUGGUAAAGGUGAUGUCUUUCGCCCUGCAGGAGGGGAGGGUGGCUGUUCACUGCCACGCAGGACUUGGGAGGACAGGUGUUCUAAUAGCUUGCUACUUAGUUUUUGCCACCAGAAUGAGUGCUGACCAAGCAAUUCUGUUUGUCAGAGCCAAAAGGCCCAAUUCCAUCCAGACCCGGGGGCAGCUGCUGUGUGUCAGGGAGUUCUCCCAGUUCCUGGUCCCUCUCCGCAAUGUCUUUGCAUGCUGUGAGCCCAAGGCACAUGCAGUUACCCUGUCCCAGUACCUGACCCGCCAGAGGCACCUGCUCCAUGGCUACGAGAGCAGGCACCUCAAGCAUGUGCCAAAACUCAUCCACCUGGUGUGCAAGCUGCUGCUGGACCUGGCUGAGAACAGACAGGUGGUAGAGGCAGAGCUGCUGGACAUCCCAGACCUCUCAGCUGAGAUUGAGAAGACCGUGUCCCAGCUGGCAUCCACGGAGCUCGAGCGGGAGCUGGCCAGGCACGACAGCGACACGUCGGACUCGUCCAACACCCACUCCUCUGCUCUCGACAGCCAGGACUCACACUCCUCCCUGGGAUACGAAUGUGAUGCUUUCUGUAAAAGAAGGAAUGUCGAAUUCCUUCAGCCUCUUACUCAUCUGAGAAGGCGUCUGAGCUACAGUGAGUCAGACCUAAGGAGAACUGAGUUUCUUUUGGAACAGGAUGACACUGCCUGGACAGUGCCUGCUCAGAUCUUAGUGAACAACAAACCCAAGCAGAACAGUGGGGAGGAAUGUUCUGCCACAGGUGAGGCAAAGCCACAGCUGGAGUUAAACAAAGAAGCAUUAGUGCGUAACACAUGCAUGUUCUGGAGUCAAGGGAGAUUUCGUUUGGAUGGACGAAGGGAUGGCUCCUAUCACAGAAAGAGCUUUGCCAAAGAAGUACAACGCAGCAGGACCUUUUCCUCAGACCUCGCGUCCAUGCACGAUCCCAGGGAACCUGGGAUGCCAAGGCACAGCUUUGCCAACGACACUGCUCACAGGAAGGACCACAAGACCAAUAUAUAUGGCAGGAGAGUGUAUCUCUCUGAGGACUCUGACUCUUCUUCUUCCUCUUCUAAAGUGAACUUUUCCAUUGGAUAUGAAAGCGAGAGUAGCAGAGAGCUGUCAGAGACAAUUCCACACAUUGUUCUGCAGUCAGAAUUAAGUUUGGAAGCCCGAAGAGUUUUGGCAGCCAAAGCACUUGCAGAUAUAAAUGAAUUUCUGGGAGAGGAUGAAGUGAAGCAGAAGGUAGAAAUGUGGCAGAAAGAACUGAAUUCUCAAGAUGGAGCUUGGGAUAAAAUCUGCACCGAGAGAGAUCCUUUUAUCCUCUGCAGCUUGAUGUGGUCAUGGAUAGAGCAGCUGAAAGAACCUAUUAUAUCCAAAGAUGAUAUUGACAUGCUGGCAAAAAAUUGCACAAAAUCCCAGGAUGCGCUCUACUUGCUGAGAAAGGAGCAGUAUCAGACCAUCCUUUGUAUUUUACACUGUGUGGUGAAACUGCAGGUGCUGCCAGCUGACGUGGAGGAGGCCGUACUUGCUCGUGCUAUUAAAGCUUUCACCAAGACAAGCUUCAAUUCUGAGAAUGGGCCAUACGUUUACAAUACCUUGAAAACUGUAUUUAAACAAGCACUGGAAGAAAAAAGGAACAGGAUUAAAGAAGGAACAGAGAAUCCCUCUUGAUUUCUACACAGCUCUGCUGAAGCAUUAGAUGGGCCUACCAAAUUAUUUUGCAUUUUCCAGCUACUGUAUUUUGUGCUACUAGGCAUGAUCUACUUAACUUUAGGUAAUAGAAGUUAUUAACAAAUAAUUUUAAUUUUUUAGAGGGAGUUUUAGUGACAGUUGUUCAGUCUACAUAGUUUUAAAGAACGGCUCCAUGUGACCAUUCUCUGUAGCUUUUUGUUUCAGGUACUGUUCUUUUUUGUUGUGAAGGGUUCUCCUGUUCUCAGAUGUGUUUAUUGAUUUGGAAACCUCUGUUAUUGGCAAGAAACAUUAUUGUCAAGGUAUAUGACUGCCAUAAGUUCAGUGCCAUGAUGCCCAAAGGUUUAAUGGAUUAAUAUUUAUGUAUUCCAUAUGUUUACAUUAAUGAUAUUUGAUUUUACUUUGCAGAAAAUAAAUAUUGACUGAACCUGUGAAA